AUGUGGUCCUUUGUACAACGCCGCCAGAUCGCCAAACAGGUGAAGCUCGACCUCGGAAAAGACCCUGCGUACCUUGAGAAAGGGAGAACGUUGGGUCAACGAGAACGACGCAAACCUUCGCCUACUAGCGAGGGACAACCCGAGAAACAGAACCGCCAAGACAGCCCUGGACAAGGAGACCGUGACUUCAUCCUAGUGCGCAGUGAGGGAGACUAUGACCCUCUAAAUCCAUUGAACUGGACAGUCCUCGAGAGAACCAAGACCAUUUUCAUCUUAUGCUUCCUAAUUAUUACCCAAGCAUGGGCUGGUGCGGCAGAGUCGAUGGGUAACUUGGCCGCCAGCCAAGAAUUCCAUGUCAGCAAAGUUGCCGAGAACUUGGCAACAGCCGUUUAUCUCUUCGGCGUUGGAACUGGCGCCCUCUUUGUUGGUCCAAUUUCAGAAACCGUGGGGAGAAACCCAACCUAUCUAGUGGCAACCUUUUGCUACCUUUGCUUCGUCCUCGGGUCUGCGCUGACGCCCACAUUCGGUGGACAAGUCGUAUGCCGAUAUUUUGCGGGAUUAUCUGCUAGUGCUACGCUCACCAUCAACGGUGCAAGCGUGAACGACCUGUUCCGCCCGGUCAAGAGAGCCUUGGUCUUCCCAAUUGUUGCUUGGGCGAACGUGGCAGCCCCAGUCAUCGCACCCGUGGCGGGCGGUUGGAUUGUCUCUAACCCAAAACUCGGCUGGCGCUGGACCGAGUGGGUGACGUUGGUUAUCUCUGGCGCAGCUUUCCUCGUCGCGUUACUGUUUCUCCCAGAGACGUACUUCCCGCUUUUGCUGGACUGGAAGGCAAAGGAACUUCGACGUCUCACUGGAGACGAACGUUACUCUUCGGAGCAUUCACAGAAAGCGUCAUUUUGGAAGCAACUACGGCAGACUCUGCCGCUCCCCAUGACUUUCUUCCGUACCGAACCAGUCAUCAUUGUUCUCGGGUACUACCUGAUCCUGCUCUACAUUCUGCUUUUCACUUUCCUCUCGGGGUUCGACUACAUCUUCAAAGAGACCUACGGCUUAUCUCCUGGUCUCCAAGGGUCCUGUUUUGCCUCUAUCGCCGCGGGCUCAACUGCAUUCGCCUGUUGCACUCCCGGCCUGUAUAGUUGGGCACGUUGGCACACAGAAUUUGUCCGAGGGGCCCCCUUGAAACCAGAAUUCAGACUGUGGCCUGCAAUAGUUACUGCCCCAUUGCUUCCAGUUUCUUUAUUCUGGCUCGGCUGGAGUAACUACCCUACAAUAUCGAAAUGGAGCGGUCUCGGCGCUUGUUUUGUGUUUGGCGUCGUGUUGACGGCUGUUUAUGUUAGCAGCUAUGAGUACAUAACUGAUAGCUACCGAGAUCAUUCGGCGAUUGCGCUUGCGAGCAUCACGAUGGCGCGGUACUUGAUUGCUGGUGGUAUGGUCAUGGCGGCACGUCCUAUGUAUGAGGGAAUCGGAGUUCACUGGACAAUGACUCUCUUGGGUUGCAUUGCUGUUUUGUUAACACCAGCACCGCUUCUGUUUAGGUUGUACGGACCCAAGCUUCGGAAGAAGAGUCCCUACGCAAUGACAGAAACGCACCCCUAA